AUGAAAACCGAGGUAGAGGGAUUGCGCACGGGGCGGCGGGAUCAGCGGCAUGUGAUCCCCGAGCUGCGGGUCUCGACGCCGCUGCUGCCGCGCGGGGCGGAGCUGGAGAUGCUUGUUACCGGGGCGGGGCCGGCGUUGGCGACGGCGGCUGCCGGGGGUGUGGUGGACGAGGCGGUGCUGGUGCCGGCGGCGGGGGUGGCUGCUACGACAGCGGGGCAUGUGGCGGCCGUGGGGACGCCGGUGCAUAUGGCGCUGUUGGUGGGGGAUGGGGUGCGUGGGGCGGCGGCGAUUCUGGCGCUGCCGGUUGUAGAGGGGAGGGAUGUGAUUGCAGGGGUGGUGAAUUUUGGCAAGGUGGGGAGGGAGGAUUUGGAAGGCUGUCCGCUUGUCGCGGUCAAUGUGGACACUGCGAGGGAAGGUUUGGAGCUUUUCCGCGCUGAUAUUGGCAAUGCGAGGAAGUACGAGACUUUGUGGACGGAGGCCAACAUCGGCCCUGUCAGCGAGUGGCUGAGGAAGAGCGCCCUGCCGAGUGACGAAGGGGUUAUGAAGGCGCCGGUCCAGAACUUGAUCGGCUCGCUUUUGCGGAAUGCUAGGGCAGCCGUACAGCAAGAGGAGGCCAGCGAUUUGACGGCGGAACUACGCACAAGGGUUCCACUGGGGUCUAUUGCCCACCUGGACAAGGCCCUGGCGGAGUGGGCACAAAACGCUCACCAGGAGCUACAGCAACAGCUGGAUGUCGCCUUUGCUACGCCGCCCUGGAGUAAGCUCGGUUGGUGGAAGCUCUUCUGGCGAGCCGACGACGUAGGCAUGGUUACAUCGGAAAUGGUUGCCCUGCGCUUCCUCCCUGAGGCGGAAAAGGGGGUGAUUUACCUUGCCGGCCGUAUUCAGGAGGCUGGCGUUGGGGCGGGCCAGCAAGGACCUCUAUACGCCGGUCCGGCUUUGCCUCAGAUCGGGCAUCAAAGCCAGGACACGGUCACGCCCGGCGCGGCCAACAACUGGCCGUCCCACAUCCCAUUCACCAGGAAUUAUUUACAGCAGAAGACAGUACCUGCCCUACAAGCCUUGGCACAGAAGCUUGUUGUGCAGUCUGCGAGCUUGGCCGGGCUGAGCACGGCCCUAGCAGGUCUCUCCUAUCUCUCGGCGCUCGGGGCCUACGAGUGCGGGGCGAUCGCGGCGCUGGGCAUCGUGUUCAGCUUCAAGCGCUUCCAGCAGAAGUGGGACUCUGCCAGGGAGUACUGGGAGGGGGAAGUGCGCGAAGAGGGCCGCAAAGCGAUCCGCGCAACGGAGACUAGCAUUGCCGAGGUCUUAGACAAGGCGGGCAAGAAACUUGAUCCCCAGGCGGACCAGAGUGCGCAGCUGAAAGAGCUGUCGAAGAUCGAGGAGAUCAUCACGCGAGCGGAGGAAGCAUUUGUCUAG